UAAAGACAGCUUUUUUUUGCUUUGUGUGGCGAAGUUAAGGGUGGGGGGCUAUUACAUAAAUACACUUUUUUCAACUUUGUUGAAUUUUCCGUAAAAAAAAAUGUUCUUCGACAAAUUCUUUACCAAAAGGUUGUUCACCGUUAGAGCCCAAGAAGAGGAAGAGAUGGUUGAUCCUCAACAAGCUUUAAGGGAACAAUGUAGGGGCACAAAACACUGUCAGGACCUUGCUGAAAAAUACCAAGCCUGCAAUGACAGAGUCAAUUCUAGAAGCCAAACUGCCGAAACUUGUGUUGAAGAAUUGUUUGAUCUACUCCAUGCUGUUGAUCACUGUGUCACAAAAGACCUUUUCAAAAGAUUGAAGUAAAGCACUUUUUAGCAAGUGUUGUUCAGUAAACUUUCUAAAUUAAAAUUGCUGCAUAAUGGCAUAAUAUAAUGUUUACUGAGCAGCACUUUGGUAGUGGAGUAAUUAUAGAAAAAAAGCCCUAUUUGGUGUUAUAACAUUAGAAUUAAGUGCAAACUUUAUAUUUAAUUUAAGUCCUAACCAGACUGUGUACUAUGUUUUAAAUAAACCCUUAUUAAGAUAUUAUUUAUUUUUCUUGUUAUUAUGACUAUGAUCCAGAAUAAUGGAUAACUAUUGUUUGUGGAAUUUAUACUUCAUUUUACUUUUGUUUCUUGUGAU